UUUGGUUCGAAAAAAUCAUGAAUAUCGCGAUUUGCUGCAAAAAACUCCCGAAUUUAGUGAAAAAUCUUGAAAAAACAACGAAAUAUUACAACGUUAGCAGUCGUCUCUUGCGCCAAUGCGAUAGUCGGUACUUGACAAAAGCGAGGAUCUACUCGACCUCGUCACAAGCCUCAUCAACAGCAACGCAAAAGCUUUCAGAGAGACAAGAUGGAGUUGCGAACAGACCAAAAACCAACAUUUUGCAAAAUAUGUUGGGCAAAAAUAAGAAAGGUCAAGUACAAAAGCAGCAAAUACGGCAUCAUUUUCAUCUAGGAGGUCCUGAUAUAGGAAGAGAAUCAUUUGGACCGAUAAAUGCUCCGGAAGUCACGGGACGAGACAUGAUCAAAGCGAUGAUGGCUUAUGUUUGGCCCAAAGAUGAUGCGACGGUGCGAAAAAGAGUUGUCAUCUCGUUGGGACUUUUGGCAAGCGGAAAAAUCCUCAAUGUGUGUGUUCCGUUCCUUUUCAAGGGUGCCGUUGAUCAUUUGAAUGUUUUAACGACAAAUUCUGUACCUGAAACUGCCUUAACUGUGACGACGGCGAUUUUGCUUGGAUAUGGCAUUGCACGUGCAGGCGCCGCAGGUUUCAACGAGCUUCGUUCAGCAGUUUUUGCCAAAGUUGCUCAACACUCGAUCCGAAAAAUUGCCAAAAAUGUCUUUCUCCAUCUUCACAAACUGGAUUUGCAAUUUCAUUUGGGUCGUCAAACGGGAGCUUUGUCAAAAACGAUCGAUCGCGGUUCUCGUGGCAUUAAUUUCGUGCUCGCUGCGAUGGUUUUCAACGUCGUUCCGACCGCAUUCGAGCUUGGAUUGGUCAGUACAAUUCUCGGGAUUAAAUGCGGCGCAGAAUUUGCGUAUAUUUCCCUCGGAACUGUCGGAAUUUAUGCGUUAUUUACGCUCGCCGUCACACAAUGGCGCACCAAAUUCCGCAUUUACAUGAACCGAGCGGAAAAUGAGGCAGGAAACAAAGCUGUGGAUUCUCUCAUCAACUACGAAACUGUCAAAUAUUUCAAUAAUGAGAAAUAUGAGGCGGAUCGUUAUGACGAGGCCUUGAAAAAAUACGAAGUUGCGAGUUUGAAGACGAGUUCGAGUCUGGCAAUGUUGAAUUUUGGGCAAAAUGCGAUCUUCAGUGCGGGAUUGAGCGCAAUUAUGUUGAUGGCAGCAACGCAAAUCGCUCAAGGAAACAUGACAGUAGGCGAUUUAGUGAUGGUCAAUGGGUUACUUUUCCAACUUUCGAUCCCUCUCGGGUUUUUGGGAAGCGUUUAUCGCGAAGUUCGACAAGCUUUACUCGAUAUGCAGUCAAUGUUCAUGCUCAUGGGUGUCGAAACUGCCGUCAAAAAUAAAAUAAAUGCUCCUCAUUUAGCAAUUGAUCGUUCAACAGCUUCGAUCGAAUUCAAAAAUGUCUCCUUCGAAUACGAACCCGGAAAGCCAAUCUUCAAAAAUUUGAGUUUUUCGAUACCAGCAGGCAAAAAAUACGCUUUCAUCGGCGGCUCGGGCUCGGGAAAGUCGACAAUGGUUCGUCUUUUGUAUCGUUUUUAUGAACCAACAUCUGGCGAUAUCUUCAUUGGCGGACAAAAUAUCAAAGAUGUCGAUUUAGAUAGUUUGCGGAGAAAUAUUGGAAUUGUGCCGCAAGACACAGUCUUGUUUCAUGACACGAUAAGACACAAUGUGCAUUAUGGGGAUUUGACCAAAGAUCAAGCAGCAAUUGAAAAUGCAGCGAAAAUGGCAGAUUUGCAUGAAGCAAUCAACUCGUGGCCCAAAGGAUAUGACACGCAGGUCGGAGAAAGAGGCUUGAAAUUGUCGGGAGGCGAGAAACAGAGAGUUGCAAUUGCGAGAGCCAUUUUGAAAAAUAGCCCAAUUUUAGUAUUUGAUGAAGCGACAAGUAGUUUGGAUUCGAUAACGGAAUAUAACAUCCUACAAGCUCUCAAUCGAGCAGUUGAGGGAAGAACAAGCAUUUGCAUUGCCCAUCGUUUAUCCACAAUUAUGGAUGCCGACGAAAUUCUCGUAUUAGAAAAUGGCUCAAUUGGCGAUCGAGGCACUCACAGCGAAUUAUUGAACAAAUCUGGACUAUAUUCACGCCUAUGGCAAACACAAAAUAAAUCCGGAAUCGCGUAAAAAAUUAUUUUCUUAAUUUUUUUGUAAAUAAUUAGCGAAAUUCGUUUGAUAUUCCAAAAAAUUUCCCUCAGAGAGAAAAAAAGUUAUUUAUUUUUAUGCUUUUUUUGAGUUUAAUUGUUUAAAAAAUGUAA